CCACUCACUCACUCAUUCAACACUUUCUUUGCAUUUUGCAUUUUCAUUUGCACUUCAUCAUCAUCAUCAUUAUCGCGAACCCAAAAUCAACACUUAUAGUAAUUACCAAUAAUAAUAAUAAUAUUAUAUUUUAAAAUAUUAAUUAUAGUAAUUAAUUUGUUAGGAAAGGUAAAAGGCAAAAAGUAAAUUGUUAGUAAAGGUAAAAGGCAAAAAGGAAAUUGCUUACUUUUUGAGUAAAUAAAAAGGAAAUAAAAAAAAUAAAAAAUUGACUUAAAAAAUAAAAUAAAAAAGAUUGAAACGGAAAAGGAAAGAAACAAAAAUAAAAGGACAAUGCCUUGCUACAUCUGCACUUAGUCCAUUCUCAAUUUCAUUUGCGUGUGUGACCACUCACCAUUUCAGAUCAAACCCACCGCAUCUCAAUUCUUAGGCAUGAUGGAAGAAAUUCAAUUUCAACAACAGCAACAGAAGGUUCCGAUUCAACAAUUGGGAACACCGGCGACUGACGGUGUUAGGGUUUCGGAGAACUCUCAGAUUAGCGUAGUCAACGCUCCUGUUGCUGACGUGGCGGGGAGAGACGACGGUCGUUGUUUGACCGUUGCGAAAAGGAAACGUGGUCGUCCGCCGAGGGGAGUUCAGAAAACGACUAUUGCUCCUCCGCCGGUGAAACGACCGAAGGACGAAGAAGAUGUUUGUUUCAUCUGCUUCGAUGGUGGUUCACUCGUUCUCUGCGAUCAUCGGGAUUGUCCUAAGGCAUAUCAUCCAGCGUGUGUUAAACGAGAUGAUGCGUUCUUCCGUACAACGGCCAAAUGGAAUUGUGGUUGGCAUUUAUGCAGCGACUGUGGAAAAUCGUGUCAUUACAUGUGCUAUACAUGUACAUAUUCCUUGUGCAAGGGAUGUUCAAAAAAAGGUGCCGAUUUUGUCUGUGUCAGAGGAAACAAAGGUUUGUGUGGAGCAUGCAUGAGGACUAUAAUUCUGAUCGAGAACAGUGCCCGGGGAAUUAAGUGUGAAGUAGAUUUUGAUGACAAAAGCAGCUGGGAGUAUCUUUUCAAGAUGUAUUGGAUGUAUUUGAAAGGAAAACUAGGUCUAAAUUUUGAUGAGAUCCUUCGAGCUGAAAACCCAUGGAAAGGUUCUGUUCAUGUCAGUCGCAAGGUUCAAACUCCCAAAGGACUUAUUCAUGUUAAAGUUGACAAUGCUUCUGCUUCUGAGAAUUCCUGCAUUGUAGAUUCAAAUCUUCCAAUUAACAAGAAGUCUAAAGGAAAUAGUCGGGACAGUGUUGGACGCAAUGCACAAGACUUGUCCACUACCUGUAAGCCAAAUGGGAAUGCAUGUAUAAUAAAGAACCAAGCCAGUCCUAAUAAAUCAGCAAUCAACGAUGGCGCUAAUGCAGGAGUUGUGAGAUUAGGAGAGUCUGGCGUUCCAGCAGACAAUUCGUCCUUACUUCACUCUACAGGGACGGACCAGCCAGUCUGGCUUUAUCAGGAUCCAAUUGGGAAGGUUCACGGUCCUUAUAGUAUGUCGCUGCUGUGCAAGUGGAAAGGAGCUGGAUAUCUCCCUCCAGAUCUCAGAAUUUGGAGGGUAGAUGAGAAACGAGAGAACUCUAUAUUGUUAACUGAUGCACUGAGUUGGAAGUGUUCCCAAAAUGUAUCAUUGCCACUCAGCAGAGAACAAAAGUCUUUGGGUGCCAGUGUUACAUUGGAAAAGAAAGAAAAUAGUCAGGAUGAUCUUAGCAAUGCAACAAGGAGUGAACUUUGUGAUAACAACCAAACUGUCAAGCUGAGCGAGGAGGAAAAGGUGGGUAAUAUUUGUACCCUAUCUAAUGGUAAAGACGAAUCUGUUAAGAGCAAUGGAUGUCACUCUCAGUCUCCUGGUUUGACUAUACAAGCGGAUGGGGAUAACAGUGACGGGCAAAGUGGACAUUUUGAAAGAGGGGAAGGGUCCCCCAAAUGUGAACUUUCUGGUCAUGAUGGUCCCAAUGUAAACCUUGCACCACCUUCAGCUGCCUUUGAGGAGAAAUUGAAUGAUAAACCUUCUGAUAAAAUGAUGGAAGGUCAUGAGAAUGAGCAAAAACCGGAAGAGAAUGGAAAUUUAGGUUCCCAUAGGUUUUCUGACGGCCCGAGUUCUAGUGGGCAAAGUGAUCAGAAACAAUCUGACAAUGAAGAUAAUUCAGGGCAAUCUUCUGGUCAGAACUGGAGAUGCCCCGAUGUAGUUCGUCCACCAAUGGAUGCACCUUCGUGGCUGGCAGCAAUCUUUGGCGAAACUGAUUUGAGCUCAUUAGUUGAUGAUUCAGUUUCGGAUCUGUUGGAACAAGUAGAGGCAAAGGAGAAAUGUGGUGAAUUGGAAUCUCCCACACCAAUAAUUGAGUGGGAUGAUGAUUUGACCGACGGUGCUAUAACCAAUUGUUUCAGUUUCGCAAAUGCGCUUAGCCCAAUGCUUGAUGCAGGUAAAAGUGAUGCUCUGAGCUCCUCAAGUGAUUUACAUUUAUCAUCUCAAUCCACUGCAGCAAAGGAGCCAUUUCAGCAAGCAGAUGUGCAUAAUAAUCAAACUAUAUGUGGGGAGCAAUCCUCAAAAACUCCUGAAGAUGAGUCUACUUUCUCAGGUAUAAGCUGGAAUCCAACUAAUCAAUUUUCAUGGGAUCCAACUCGUUGACUUGGCAGGUUGCAUUGGAGGGUAUUUUUCUUAGGCUAAGCAGAUCUUAGACCAACUUGAAUUGGAUAUUUAAUAUCUUGUUUAUAACAACAUUCUUUUGCAAACAGUGUCCUCUCACCUUCCUUCAUUGUUGGGGAAGAAAUGGAAGAGCG